CCGGAAGUUAGUCUGUUGCAUUUGGGUCCUGGAAUGAGUGGAAGGUGUACACAUCCUGUUUAUAAACAUACCGUGCAGGGUGGAGAGUGAGAAGUAGAGACAAACAAGACACUGAAAUACAGCGGUGAGAGAUUUUCCCGUACAUAUAAAUCCCGGUCUCUAACCCGUUUUGACCGCUUGGGGCCAGGCGGUGAGUGAGGCGGGAGGCGAUGGAGCCCUCACCGGUAAAAGGGAAACCGCAGGGUCGGUUGCUGGUGUCCACGACUCUGGACGCAAAAGAUGAGCUGGAGGAGCGGUUGGAGAGGUGUGUAGGUAUUGUGACUUCCCUGAUGAAUGGCCUAUCAGAGCGUGAAGCUAAUGAUGUCCUCACUGCCCACGUGUGUAAGGGCUCCCAGCAGCACGAGGAGGUGUGUCUGGGGCUCUUCACUCUGCUCCUGACAGAGCCCCCCCAGGCACAGCGGUGCUACCGGGACCUGACACUGGUGAACCGGGACGGGAUGAAUGUGGUGCUGAUAAAGAUCAACCAGAUCCUUAUGGAGAAAUUCCUGAAGCUCCAGGAUGUCUGCCGCACACAGUUGGUGUGGCUGGUACGGGAGCUGGUUAAAAGCGGGGUGAUAGGGGCAGACGGAGUCUUGAUGACCCUCAUGAAGCAGAUAGCCGGAGGGGACAUCUCCAGCAAGAACCUGUGGCUAGCAGAAAAUGUACUGGAUAUCCUGGUGGAUCAGAGGGAGUGGGUGUUGAAGAGUGGGAUGCUGAUAGCCAUGUCUGUGUACACAUAUCUGCGGCUCAUUGUGGAUCACCACGGUACCCCCCAGCUACUGGUGUUGCGGCAGAAAGAGGUGGACUUCUGUGUCGGUCUGCUGAGGGAGAAGUUCAUGGACUGCUUCAUCAUUGGGAGGGACCUGGUGCGGCUGCUGCAAAAUGUGGCCCGAAUCCCUGAGAUGGAGCAGCUGUGGAGAGACCUACUGCACAACCCACAGACCCUCAGCCCACAGUUCACUGGUGUGCUGCAGCUCCUGACUUCUCGCACCUCACGAAAGUUCCUGGCAUGUCGCCUCACGCCUGACAUGGAGACCAAGCUGCUCUUCAUGACCUCUCGGGUGCGCUUUGGACAGCAGAAGAGAUACCAGGACUGGUUUCAGAGGCAGUAUCUGUCCACAGCCGACAGCCAGUCGCUUCGCUGUGACCUGAUCCGAUACAUCUGUGGUGUGGUGCACCCCUCCAAUGAGGUGCUGAGCUCGGACAUCCUGCCCCGCUGGGCCAUCAUUGGCUGGCUGCUCACCACCUGCACAUCCAAUGUUGCUGCCUCCAAUGCCAAACUUGCUCUUUUCUACGACUGGCUGUUUUUCAACCCAGAGAAGGACAGCAUUAUGAACAUAGAGCCUGCAAUCCUGGUAAUGCAUCACUCCAUGAAGCCCCACCCCGCCAUCACCGCCACCCUGCUGGACUUCAUGUGCAGGAUCAUUCCUCACUUCUAUCCCCCCUUAGAGGGGCAUGUGCGACAGGGUGUCUUCAACUCCCUCAAUUUCAUCAUGGAAAAGAGAGUUCUAGCUCAUCUGGCCCCCCUAUUUGAUAACCCCAAGCUAGACCGAGAGCUGCGGUCCAUGCUGAGAGACCGCUUCCCAGAAUUUUGCAGCUCACCUUCACCACCAGUUGAGGGUGAGAGAGGCAUUAAAAUGGAAGAGUCCGUCUCCUUGGAGAUGGACAAUCACGUUUUGGACAAGGAAGACGGGUGCUAUGACAACACGGAGGCUGCUUUCAGUGAUGAUGAAGAAGAGCCGAAUAACAAGGGCAAAAAGCGAGAAUUCAGGUUCCACCCAAUUAAAGAGGCAUACAUUGAUGAACCAGCUGACAUCACACCCUUUGUCGACCAAUUGGAUGACACAUUAAAGGAGAAGGUUUUGCAGCUCCAAAAAGAGAGUGAUACUGAGGUGCAGUGUGAGGUGAUGCAGGAAAUAGUGGACCUUAUUCUGGAGGAGGACUUUGACUCGGAGCAGAUGUCCACCCUGGCGUCCUGUCUGGCGGAGCUGUUUAAGAGUCACUUCCGGGGUGACGUGCUGCCGGAGGAGAUCACUGAGGAGUCGCUGGAGGAGUCGGUCUGCAAGCCAGUGUGCCUGGUCUUCAGGAACCUGUGUCAGAUGCAGGAGGACAACAGCGGCUUCUCUGUGCUGCUGGACAUGUUAGCCGAGCUCUAUCAGAAGCAGCCCAAGAUUGGUUACCAUCUGCUCUACUACCUCAAAGCCAGUAAAGCGGCGAUGGGGAAGAUGAGUUUGUAUGAGUCGUUCGCUCAGGCCACGGCACUCGGAGACCUGCACACCUGUCUGAUGAUGGACAUGAAGGCCUGCCAGGAGGACGAUGUCCGGCUGCUCUGUUACCUCACUCCCUCCAUCUAUUCCGAGUUCCCUGAUGAGACGCUACGUAGCGGAGAGCUGCUCAACAUGAUCGUGGCUGUCAUUGACUCGACACAGCUGCAGGAGCUGAUGUGCCACGUGAUGAUGGGGAAUCUGGUCAUGUUCCGGAAAGACUCCGUUCUCAAUAUCCUCAUUCAGUCCCUGGACUGGGAGACAUUUGAGCAGUACAGCACCUGGCAGCUGUUCCUGGCCCACAGCAUCCCCCUGGAGACAAUCAUUCCCAUCCUGCAGCACCUAAAAUAUAAGGAGCACCCUGAAGCCCUGUCCUGUCUACUGCUACAGUUACGCAGAGAGAAGCCCACUGAGGAGAUGGUUAAGAUGGUGCUGAGCCGGCCAUGCCACCCCGAGGACCAGUUCACCACCAGCAUCCUGCGCCACUGGGCGGCCAAACAUGACGACACCCUGGGGGAGCACAUCAAGGCCCUGCUCAUCAAGAACAACAACCUGCCCCGCAAGCGCCAGAGCCUGAGAAGCUCCAGCAGUAAGCUCGCUCAGCUGACCCUGGAACAGAUCCUGGAGCACAUGGAUAACCUGCGGCUGAACCUCAGCAACACCAAGCACAACUUCUUCACCCAAACCCCCAUCCUGCAGGCCCUGCAGCACGUCCAGGCCAGCUGUGAUGAGGCACACAAAAUGAGGUUCAGUGACCUUUUCGCUUUGGCUGAGGAGUAUGAGGACUCCUCCAAGCCUCCCAAGUCUCGACGCAAAGGAGCUACGUCAACCUUACGUGCCCGUAAGGGGGCAGCCCCACCAGCUAGCAACGAGGAGGAGAGUGCCUCCAGCAGCGCCUCGGAGGAGGAAGAUUCUAAGCCCAAAGCCCCCAAGCGAAAGAGGAAAGGCAUAUCUGCUGUGGGCUCUGACAGUGACUGAGAGACACGCCCACCAUCCUUGCCCAUUGUGAUGUCACUGGAGACACACCCACUGCCUUACUGUGCUCCGCCACGUAUGAGCCCCUGCCCUAGGGAAGCCCCCACUGCUAGGAUCAGGGUGCCUGCCUGCAAUCUGCUGCCACUUUCAGGAGCUUGCUGUGGAGACAUGCCCCUCCCACCUCGCUGAUCAUUGGCUACUUAGAGUCAGCGGGUAUGGCUGAGGAGGUCUGGGGGUGGGGCAUUCAGGGCGAAUAAAGACGCUAAAAACUCCUGUCACUUUGGCACUGACAGACAGAGAUCCUGCAUUGCAGGAAGGAAUGCACAACUUCUCUCAGACUUCAGAGGGUGAAAAUGAACUGUCCCCCGUGCCAGCCUCUCACAUACUGCAGUGUGUGACACUGUCGACAUCUACUGUUACUGUCUUGUUACCCUGGGAAUAUUCAGACUGCUUUUUUUGUGUCUGAGACCGCCUUCUUUUUUUCAUGCCGUGACCCAAAAGGACCUUCCUUCCAACCUCUCAAAUGACUUUUAACUGAAGUGGUGGACUUAAGAUAACUACCAUGUAAGCAAAGGUUAUUAUGAAUGACAGAAGAGUCAGAUGCAGUACUUCAGAUGAUUUACAGUGCUUAGGUUAAUAGGUUUACAGCUGAUGUUUGUUGUGGAGAAUACAGAUCCUAUUGUGCUUGUCCUGGGAAAGGACAGUAUAGUGAAAGAAUGUCACUUCCCCAGAAACCUCCAUAUUAACCAACCCUGCAGACAUUUGUCCUGUACUCUGAAAAAUGGGUAUAGCAGCUUGCCACACCCCGAGCACAGUGCUGACAGCCACUUUCCCCUCUUUGCUCCGUGUUUGCUGCCACAAUAGUCUGAACUGUGAACUGUAGAGACGUUUCUCUGCAGUGACCAGUCUGUGAACUUUACUGCACUUGAAAAUGCAGGGAUCAACUGAAAGACUCUACAAAGUGUCCAAAACGCAACAACAAUCACCUGACUUUUUAAAUCAUUUCUUUCUAUUGACAUAUUUUCAUACACAAAAGAU